AUGUCUCCCCAAAACGUUCUCGUUUUUGGCGCCACGGGCACCAUUGGCGGCUAUAUCCUGGACGCAAUCCUCGCCCAGCGCGAACAGUUCGGCCGCAUCGCAAUCUUCACCUCCGCGCGUACUGCAGAGACCAAGGGAGAUGCCCUGAAAAAGAAAGGCGUCGAAGUGAUUGUGGGCAAUCUCGAAGAUGAGAACGCCGUCAAAGCCGCCUACGAGGGAAUAACGACCGUCAUUUCCGCCCUAGGCCGUAACACCCUCGCCCAACAGAUCCCCCUCAUCCGGCUUGCCGCCGCCUCUCCAUCCAUCAAAUGGUUCUUCCCCUCCGAAUACGGCACAGACAUCGCCUACAGUCCAGCCUCGGCCCACGAAAAGCCCCACCAGCAGAAACUCAAAGUCCGCGCCGUCCUGGAGAACGAAAUCUCCCGCAAGGAUUUGGACUACUCGUAUAUCGUGACGGGUCCCUUUGCGGAGAUGUAUUUGCAGAUCGACCCCGGAGUCGAGGAGGCGGGUGGGUGGGAUGUGAAGGAGAGGAAGGCGGUGCUUUUGGGAGAGAAGGGGGAGGAGAGGCUUAGUUUGACGACGAUGGAGGACGUGGGUACUUUUGUCGUCUCGACUCUGCUCAACGCAACACCCGAGACACGCAAUCGCCCGCUGUGUGUCAACUCCUUCACGACUAGCCCGGCUGAGAUCCAGGCUCUCUUUGAGCGCCAAGUUCCAGGGCCCUGGGAGGUGUCUUAUACGCCUCUGAAGCGACUGCGUGAGAUCGAGGACGAGGCAUGGGCAAAUGGGAAUCCCGCGGCGACGCUAGCGACUCUGCGGCGAAUCUGGGCAGAGGGUGGCACGCUAUAUGAGCAGCGGGCGAACGGGCUGAUUGGAGAGCCACGGACGACCUCGUUGGAGGAGAUUGUUGCUAGGGAGGUUCGUAGGUCUAGUAAUCUGUAG